AUGCCACAAUACACCUCCAUCCACCUUGCAGAACGCCCCCAGGCAGCCAUCGAAGCCGGCAAAACCUUCACGCCCCAACAGCACUCCAUCCCCUCCCCCUCCUCCCUCAAAGAUGACGAAGUCCUCUUCCAAACCCUCUACCUCUCCCUCGACCCAGCCAUGCGCGGCUGGCUGAACCCCACACGCUCGUACAUUCCGCCCGUCGAAAUCGGCGCCGUGAUGCGCGGCACAGGAAUCGGACUGAUCGUUGCCUCAAAAUCCGCAAAGUUCCCCGUCGGAUCCUACGCCACGGGCAUGUGCGGCUGGACCGAGUACGCCGUGUUGAAAGCCAAACACCUCGAUCCGCUGGACCUGCCGGAUGGCGCGGUGCCGACGGAUGCGCUGGGCGUGUGUGGCAUGACGGGGUUGACAGCGUAUUUUGGUAUUUUGGAUAUCGGGCAGGUGAAGAAGGGGGAUUUUGUGGUUGUUUCGGGCGCGGCGGGCGCGACGGGGAGUGUGGUGGGGCAGAUUGCGAAGAUCAAGGGCGCGACGGUUUUGGGGCUGGCCGGGGAGGAUAGCAAAGUGCGUUGGUUGAAGGAGGAGUUGGGCUUCGAUGAGGCGUUGAACUACAAGGAUCCGGACUUUCAGAAGAAGUUUAGAGCGGCUACGAAGGGCUUGAUUGACGUUUACUUUGAUAAUGUUGGUGGAGAAAUCCUCGAUCUCGCGUUGAGCAGGGCGAAGCCAUUCGCGAGGUUUGUCCAGUGUGGUGCGAUUAGCGACUACAACAAGAAGAAGCCGCAGGGACUGAAGAACUACAUGAUGCUCAUCUCCAUGCGUAUCCGGAUGCAGGGUUUCGUCGUAUUUGACUUUGAGAAGAAGUACCCAGAGGCCAAGAAGCAGCUCGCUCAAUGGCUAUCAGAGGGCAAGUUGAAGCGACAAGAGACGAUUGUCAAGGGCGGCGUGAUGAAGGCGGAAGAAGCGCUUGUGGGGUUGUUCGAGGGAAAGAACAUUGGCAAGACGAUGGUAGAGGUUGCGAAGCCAGAGGAUGUCAAGGCGAAGCUGUAGAUGAAAAUAGCCCAAGUCUGAUAGGCGGUACCAAUAUCACGAUUCUAUCGAUA